AUGCAAAACCAAAGUCGCUUGAUGGACCUCAUCCAACAAUGUCCUCAUGUAGCGAGUUUAUCGGAGGAAGAGCAACAGGCUUUGAUCAAACAGGAGAAUUUCUUGAAUCGUAUUCCUCACCCACACAUGUCUGUAAUAUUGAAUCAACAACAUGAUGUUCCAAAAACAUGCCCAUACAUUUCAUCAGUUUCCGAUACCUCCACUUUAACUGACACAAGCAAUAAUCAACAACAAGAAUUGAAAUGUCCCUACCAAUCUUUUUUAAAUGGAGAACAAUCUGCAACUGCAAUGAAAGCCUCUGAUUUCAAAUGUAACAAAUGCUCUGCCUAUUUGAUUGGCUGUAUGAGCUCCAAAACAGAAACUCUUUGUAAAUAUUGUUAUCAAGAUUUAAUGAAUACCAACGAAGGACAACAAUCAAAUUAUGAAGCUGAUGAUUUUAAGCAGCACCUAACAGAUAGUUAUGUUGAAAUAUUAUUUGAAAGAAAUGAGAAUGAGAGGAGCAAAAACAACAAUUCGGAGCUCGAUGAAGUAGAGUUGAAAUUACGAAGAAUUGAAUUUUAUAUUAAUUUAUCAAAACAAGAAUAUGCGUUAAACAAAAACUGUGGCCCCUAUUGGAUGGAAAAAGCAAGAAGUAUUGCGUUCAAAGACAUUUUCAUUGCCACUCAUGCCAAAUCUGAGUUGUCUCCAAAGCUACUGAUUUUGUUUUGUAUUGUUUCUGGUCAUUUAAGCGACAUGUUGCAAACUACAGUUUCGAAUGACUUUUCACAAAUUGCUGAAAUGUUGGAAGAAACUAUUUCUACCGUCAACAGCGCAUCAAGCAUAUUGCAGAAUCCAUCCAUAAAUGAUAGAGAAGAAUUGGCCAAGGUGCUCUCUGUCACCUCCAUCAAAUUGGGGGAUCUCUUCUUGUACAAAAUGAAAAAUUUAGAACGAGCCAAGCAAAUUUAUGAACAGCUGAUUUCGAGCAACCUAACUGUGGAGAGUGUAGUGAUAUCUCAUGCUAAAAUGGGCGACCUGUAUGUGCUGAAUGCAAACCACAGAGAAAAAGCAUUACAAUGUUACCUUCAUGCUUUAGAGUUUUUAAAAACCAAUGCUUCAAUUCAAAACAAGAAUGCAACCUUGUAUAAUUGGAUUUCAUCAAAAAUUCAAAAGAUGAGCAAUUAA